GUAUUUUGAUUGUCAAUGUCAUAAUUUGCGUUGCAUUUGUGGCUUUGGUCGGUAUUUUAUUUUAGUUUUUACUUUGUCUUCUGCUAAUAAUACUUCUAUUUGUUGUACCAAGUAAAUUACCUACUAGAUUGUACUUCUUGUAAAAUUUGCAUGAUAUCAGUAAAGCGCUUUAAAAUUUCAUAACAAGUUUACAAUGGUUGGGAAAAUGAACAAAUUAUUUGUUCAUAAGAGAGGAGGCAGAAUGGAGGAGGUGCAUAUAGAUAAGAUUACAUCAAGGAUCAAAAAACUUUGUUAUGGACUGAAUAUGGAUUUUGUAGACCCGGUUUCAAUAACAUUGAAAGUGAUAAGUGGAAUAUAUUCAGGGGUAACAACAGUGGAGCUUGAUAAUCUGGCUGCAGAAACAGCAGCUACAAUGACUACUGACCACCCUGACUAUGCUAUUUUAGCUGCUAGAUUAGCAAUCUCCAACUUGCAUAAGGAAACUAAAAAACAUUUCUCAGAUGUUAUAACAGAUUUAUACAAUAUUAUCAAUCCCCAUACCAAGAAAACAUCACCAAUGAUUUCUGAAUUUCACUACAAUAUUGUUAUGAAGCAUAAGGAAAGACUGGAUUCUGCUAUUGUGUAUGAUAGAGAUUUCAAAUAUAAUUACUUUGGAUUCAAGACUCUAGAACGAUCAUAUUUGCUGAAAAUCAACAAUAAGGUUGUUGAGAGACCACAGCAUAUGUUAAUGAGAGUAUCUAUUGGAAUACAUGGUGAAGAUAUUGAUGCUGCUAUCGACACAUACAAUUUAUUAUCUGAAAAAUAUUUUACCCACGCAAGUCCAACUCUCUUUGCUGCUGCAACCCCAAGACCUCAAUUGUCUUCCUGUUUUCUUGUUGCAAUGAAAGAUGACAGCAUUGAGGGGAUAUAUGACACUUUAAAGCAAUGUGCAUUGAUUUCAAAGUCAGCUGGUGGUAUUGGUGUUCAUGUGCAUUGCAUUAGAGCAAAAGGGACCUAUAUUGCUGGAACAAAUGGAGUUUCAAAUGGUGUUGUUCCUAUGUUGCGUGUUUACAACAACACUGCCAGAUACGUUGAUCAAGGUGGAAAUAAACGACCAGGAGCCUUUGCUGUCUACUUAGAGCCUUGGCAUGCAGAUAUAUUCGAAUUUUUGGAUUUGAAAAAGAAUCAUGGCAAAGAGGAAGUCAGAGCAAGAGAACUGUUCUAUGCUUUGUGGAUCCCUGAUUUAUUUAUGAAACGCGUUGAGAAAAAUGAAGACUGGAGUCUUAUGUGCCCUCAUGAUUCUCCUGGACUAGCAGACUGUUGGGGUGAGGAAUUUGAGGCACUCUAUGAAAAAUAUGAACAGGAAAAACGUUAUGUCAAGCAAGUUAAAGCUCAAAUACUAUGGAAAGCUAUUAUAGAGGCACAAGUUGAAACUGGCACACCAUAUAUGCUAUAUAAGGAUGCCUGUAAUAGAAAGAGUAAUCAGAAAAAUUUGGGCACAAUUAAGUGCAGCAACUUGUGUACAGAAAUUGUUGAGUACACAUCUGCAGAUGAAACAGCAGUGUGCAAUUUGGCAUCCAUUGCUUUAAAUAUGUUUGUGAAUGAUGAUAAAACAUACAAUUUUAUUAAGCUUAAGGAAGUGACUAAAAUUGUCACUCAGAACCUGAAUAAAAUUAUUGAUGUCAACUUUUAUCCAGUGCCAGAAGCAAAGAAAUCAAAUAUGAGACAUAGACCUAUUGGGAUUGGUGUGCAGGGUUUAGCUGACACAUUUGUAUUGAUGCGCAUUCCUUAUGAAAACGAAAGUGCUAUUAAACUGAAUCAACAAAUAUUUGAAACUAUUUAUUAUGGUGCUUUAGAAGCCAGUUGCGAAUUGGCAGAAAAAUAUGGUGUAUAUGAAACUUAUGAAGGUAGUCCUGUAAGUCAAGGUAUAUUACAGUAUGAGAUGUGGAACAAAACUCCCACAGAUCUUUGGGAUUGGCAAGUACUAAAGGAAAAAAUUGCCAAACAUGGACUGCGCAAUUCACUUCUAAUAGCCCCUAUGCCAACUGCUUCAACUGCUCAAAUACUUGGUAACAAUGAAUCAUUUGAGCCUUUCACAUCUAAUAUUUACCAAAGACGAGUACUGUCUGGAGAAUUUCAAGUGGUAAAUCAUCAUUUGUUGCGGGAUUUAACAGAAGCAGAUUUGUGGGAUGAAGACAUGAAAAACCUCAUUAUUCAUAAUAAUGGAUCUAUACAAAAUAUUGAGGCUAUUCCUAAAGAAAUCAGGGACUUGUAUAAAACUGUCUGGGAGAUUUCAGUCAAAACAACUAUUCAAAUGGCCGCAGAUAGAGGAGCAUUUAUAGAUCAGAGCCAGUCAUUCAAUAUACAUGUGGCUGCCCCUAAUUACGGCAAAUUGACGUCUAUACAUUUUUAUGCAUGGAAAAUGGGUUUGAAGACUGGAAUGUAUUAUUUACGUACUAAACCUGCUGCCAAUGCUAUCCAGUUUACUGUAGAUAAGAGUAAGGUUAGAAAUACCAAUGGGAAAUCUGAAGUGGAUGAUGCCAAUAUGGCUGCAAUAACAUGUUCUUUGCAAAAUAAAGAUGAGUGUAUGAGCUGUGGAUCUUAGAUACGUGCUUUGUUUAUGUAUUUCUUCUUUUUAUCAUUAUCACAAAUUUAUUAAUUUAAGAAUAAUGUUAUUUUUAAGUGUAGUGGAAUGUUUUUAAUGCUUUUCCUUAGAAUAUAAAUGGAUUUUAUAAUCAAGAUGAAAAUACAAUACUGUCUAUUUUAUUUAA